CAAUGUUAGCGGCUAAGCUCAGCACGUCUAGCAUUUCCACGUUAUGUUAUCAAGACAUUGACGUGCGAUUUUUCUCUUUCUCCUUUUGGUUAAUUCAAUGGUAUUGCCGAGUAAAAAGAAAACUAACUUGAAUUCGACUUCAAAAUCAAAGAAAUCCGCAACCAAGAAAACCCAAUCGAAAGCAGUUAAAGGACCCAAACAACCAGCUAGCCAGGAGAUUGACUCUAAAGUUAAAAGAGAAGGAAAGAAAGUAUUACUGCACCUCAGCCGCAUGAAGAUCAAGUCACUACCCGAUGAAGUCCGCAAGAUUAAAGACGCCAGCGAGCUCUACUUGGACCGCAACUUGAUCGAAACUUUGCCCAAGUUCAUGGCAGAGUUCAAAACCCUCACUGUUUUGGAUCUGCACAGCAACAAUCUGAAAACAAUGCCCCUCAUCAUCACGUGUCUUCCACACCUGAGGGUGCUCAACCUGUGCGACAACCACCUGACCUCCAUCCCGCCAGAAAUCGGCCAGCUCACCAAACUCCGGGAGCUCUACCUGGGCCUCAACAAGCUGAAGUCAGUUCCUAGCCAGAUCUGUAGCCUGAAGCAGCUCCAGCGGAUCGGCCUGUCUGACAACAAAUUUGUCCGUGUUCCGAAAUGUCUUCGGCAGUUCAAGCAGCUGGUGGCCAUAAACUUCAAAGGGAACCCUUUUCUCAAUGUUACCAUCAAAGAGUGUGCACCCAUGCGGCCAAAAGGCAUGCUGGUGAUCAGGGAGAGUGUUCUGUGCCGCACGUGCCAGAGCAUGUGCCAGAGCUUCCGUGAGAGACUGGAAAAUGCCCAAACAGUGCCGUCCAUCCAAACAAGAAAUGACUCAUCGAUCAACGACCGAGUGAACACACUGCUGCGACAGCUUCAAUUAGCGCCCAGGAAAUGAUGACAGGUUGACAGCCAGGAAAGAGUUAUUGAGCCACGCACGCUCCACACUGACCAGUCAAACUAAUGCGCGACACCGCUCCAAGAUCUCUGGCGCAUGAAAAUGAACUGAUGUGGGAUCCGAAACCCUAGCAGAUGGUUUGCAGUAGAGCAGACACUUGAAUUCUCCUAAAAUCGACUGAAAUACUGGAUGACUCACAUCCCAGACCUUUUUGGGGAACUAAAGAGGAUCUGAAGCCAUGUUGUUUUCACAAAGACUUGCCAGGGAAAGUGUAUGCCUGCCCAUGCAUGUCAUGCUUACUUUGAUGCAUGUAAAAUACAGAACUGUAUAUAAUAUCAGGCUAUGUGUCUGUGAGCUGUAUAGUGUUAGUCUGUUUGGUUGUCAAUGAACCACAGAUGAACGUAUAAAAUGUAUUUUAAAUAAAUUAUUGUGUCUAUGAAAGAUGUGACGUCAUCAGCCCCAUACUCUGAUGUAACUGUAAAAAGUAUAAUUCUGUUUCAUGAUUCACUGUUGAAAUUUUUAUUUUGCUACUCCUAAGAUGUUGGUAAACGUGUUCAUUUAGAACUCUUCUGAAUGUAAAAUUCAGUUUUUUUACAUCUGAAAUAUGCAAAGACGUUUGUAAAGUUAAGUCCAAAAGCAAGCAAAUAAAAAAAAAAACAACGGCGGAAACCAGCAAACACUUCUGUAGCAUGAAAUUUUGACAUUGGGAAAGCUGACUUUUGCAUCCUAUACUGACGCCAAAGGCAGCCUUCAGCGUUGCAUGUUGACGCAGUACGUUUUCAUUUGAUGCACAUGUACCGACAUCUGCGGCUGGAUGACAAGUAAAAAAAUAAACAGAGUUUGGGGUUAGCUAUGCCAUUGGGAUGGGAUGGAUGGAUGCGGGCACAACGCGGGAAGGAAAAUGUUUUCUUUUUGUUUUUUUUUAAUUCAAUGAAAUGUCUGAAAUUUCUGCAUCGACAUGCAACGCUGAAGGCUGCUUUUGUUGUCAGUGUAGGACGCAAAAGUCCAAUUUCCCAACAUCAAUAUGUUGGCAUGGGUUGGCAAAUCAGAACAAGCAUGUCUGCGCAGUAUACAUUUCACAUAGGGCUGCAACCAAUGACUAUUUUAAUAGUCAACUAGUCGCCUUCUUAGC